AUGGCAACCACCACAGGCUCAGGAGUAAAAGUCCCUCACAAUUUCCGACUGGUGGAAGAGCUCAAAGAAGGUCAGAAAGGAGUAGGAGAUGGCACAGUUAGCUGGGGUCUAGAAGAUGAUGAAGACAUGAUACUUACAAGAUGGACAGGGAUGAUAACUGGGACUCCAAGGGUGGACCCAAGAGCCAUAUCAGUGCCAACAAAAUGACAGAAUUCAUAGAGCAUCAAAGUUGUCCUGCAACAGCUUCAGCGCUUAAUGAUGUCUAAAGAAAAUAUGAAACUCCCUCAGCUGCCUGAAGGACAGUGUUACAGCAAUUAA